AUGCAGCUUCCAAUUGUUGUUUUAAAAAUUAAAGGAGUGUUGUAUGUUUUGGAACAUACAAGUCAGACGGACUUUCAGAAGCUCACACGGGUUAUCGAAAACCUUAUUCCAGAUAAAAGUACUCACGUAGGAUUGGAUAGAGAAAGUUUAAAAGCUCUUUGCAACUUGGCUAGCAGUGAAACUGACCGAAAACUGCUUAAAACUGUAGCAACAGCUGGGUUAUCUGCUGAAAAGGCAAAGGCUCUGUUUGGAAUUAGUAACCUGCAUGAGAUGAGAAAGGACGUGGCACAAUCUGUUCAAGAGUACGAUUCCAUAAGAAGAAAAGUCGAUGACAUAGUAAAUGCGAAAAUGAAAGCAACUUUUGAAUCUUCAGAAAUUGGGUUCUCAGAUUCAGAUGCAUAUUCUGAUUCUGUCUCGGACUCCGAAAUUGUAGUGUAUGAUGACGAAGUUGACCAAGGUGAUGGAAGCAAUUUCAAAUACGUUGGAAUUAAAAAUGUUGAUCCUGAAGAUCUAGAUUUGCCACCAUAUCAAAGUUUAUUGCAGGUUCUUCUGGAAAACAAAUUUAAUUGGAUAUCUUUUGUUGCUGAGUUGGCGGUUUCCUUAAAUGACAUUGGCACGCAAGAUUUCAACAACUUAACAACCAAUUUUUUUGACGAACUUAUGCACAAGAAUGAACUCCUCUCUGAUCAUUUAAAACUUGUCGUAGAGUCAAGGAAAACCUAUUUUGAAAGCGUUAAUAUUGCAUCGGACACAACUGGUGAAAUGAUGCCUGGUGGGCUUGUGGAAACAGACUCGGAAAGUGACGAUCCUGAAGAUUGGAUUAAAAUCAAGAGUGAGGAAAAUGAAGCACUGCAGAAAAAAAUAAAGCAAAAAACUGUUGCUCUUCAAAAACUAAAGAAACGACUGCUGGCAAAAGAAGUGGCCAAGAAAUCAUUCUUGAAACGUCGAGCACCCAAAUCUGUCAGCAAGACCCUUACCAAAUAUCCCAACAUAGGGAAAGACAUUGAGGAAUUUGCAAAAGAUUGUAGAAUAGGAGCAGACUCGUGGCGAAGGACUGGCGUACUAACAUUUAGUGGUAAUACAAGAAGAGGUCAAAAAUUAACAUUUAACCGCCUCAAAGAAUAUCUUGAGAAAAAGUACAACACCAAGUUUGGUUAUGGUACCAUCGUGCAGUUGUGUAUGGUUCGUAACAAGCGUAGACUUUCGUCCAAGAGAUACUGGGGUGCAGCCAAAAUUUUGUCUCGGAGAGCGAGGAAAGGCUUUAGUGUCCGUUUAAACGUAGAUGCUCACUGGAGUUGCGCUUUAUAUAAAGGCCUGGAUUUUAUCCAGUUGAAAAAUGGUUGUGACAAAAUCAUUUUGAACAGGGAUGAUGCGGCUGGAUUCCGCCUAGACACCACAUACACGCAUAAACAACACAGAAUUUUAAGUGAAGCAGAGAAACCUGAAUUAACCACACGGACAGAUUUUGUCAACAAGUACUCAUCCAUACUUCAAACAACUUCCUAUAUGUUCAUGGGAACAGAUACGACACCCGAGGUUUGUGUUGGCGUGGUUAAACCAACCAUGCUUUAUGAAAAGAAUCCAAAUCAACAUGCAGCAGACUUUGUUAUGCUACAUGGUAUACCAGAGCUACAAUCAGUACUAACGGAUAAGCCAGUCGAGUGCAUUCGUGUCGACGGAGCUACGGACGAAGGCCCAUCUCAUGUAGAAGUCCAAUUUGUAUGGACUGAACGUCAUUUGAAAAAUGGUAAGCUAUGCACCCUUGUUACUUCAAGAUUCAGUGGCGGUAGUUAUUUGAAUCGGGUUGAAUUGCAAAACGGUUGCUUAGCCCAAGGUCAUUCAAAUCUAUAUAUACCUUCAACUAUACAUGGAUCAAACCAAAACGAUAGCGGAAUUGACAAAGAAAAGCUCAAAACAAAUCUCGAUGCAGCCACGGAUGUAUACAUAAACUCCGUCUCUGGUAGCCUAUGUGCGGGUAAUCCCAUUGGACUUUUUAAAGGUGCAAACAACCCACUUUCUGAAAAUUAUUGCCGUCGAAGAGAGAAUCUCCUUACAUUUUUGCAAGGUACAAAGAAGAAUAAGGAGUUACUAAAAGAAAAUUGUCCAGAAGAAUUCAACUACUUUAACAAAGUCUGGACUGUUAGGAACAACCACAUUGUCAAAAACGUUCCUGAAAACUAUAUUUUCAUGCUCUUACUAUGUUAUAAAAAGAAUUGCCCACACCCAAUUUGUGCUAAAGGUAAACCAGAUGUGGAGCCCAAAUGGUUUGAAAACGGCCCUCCGCUUUCUUAUCUUCCACUUCCUGUUCCAGAUUCGGGCAGCAAAACAUGGGGAACUGAUGACUGCAAGAAAUGCGUUGAAGUGUGCACUGGGCAUUACCUUACUCCAGAGGAAAACGUGAAAUGGGUAAAUGUGAAAGGGGAUGGUGAUUGCAUACAGCCUCCCUCUGCAACGAUUAGAAAAGUCCUGGGGAAACGAGAGUCCAUGUCAGAUGCAGAAAUAGAGGACCUAGCUAGGAAAACUUUGCUAAAAGCAACAGAGGUUAAAAUGUGGGUUGACCAUUUGGUGUCGAUUGGAAAGAGAAGAAAGAGUGGAGCGGCAAAAGCAGCUGCGACAAGAAAAGCUAAAAAGUCACAAGCUGAAAUAGGUAAUUACAUACAGUUCACGACAUUUUAUUUGUAUAAGGUAGCUAUAGUAUUGUAUAAGAUCUUUAUUUAUAGAAUGCACAGUAAUUGUAGUGCAAUGAUCCUAUGAUGAAUACUUAUAUAUUGGUACUAUUAUUCUUCUACUAAUUAUAGACAUCGUUGGACAGGGUAGUGUGUAUUGCAUUUGUCAAGAGCCUGAGUCGCCUGAUGACGAGAGGUAAAACAAUAUAAGCUUGAAUGUUAAAUGUAUAAAACGUUACAUGGAAGGUGCAAUAUCAAUGACAACUUAAACAAAUGGCAUGAUGUUCAAAAGCUCCUCAACUCUUGUAGGUUUAUGGUUUGCUGUGAUGGAUGCGACAACUGGUUCCACGGCGAAUGUGUAAAUAUUACUGAAGAAGAAGCAGAACUUUUGCCAGAAUACUUUUGUUGUUAUUGUUCUUGA